CAAUUCCCUAAAUUUAAAGAUAUUGAUAACAUUAAUGCUAGAGAUAGUAAAGAUGAAAUAGAAAAUAGUUACACAAAUAUGUAUUGUAUAAUUUUAUCAUUAAAGUUAUCUAAAGAUGUUAGUAACUUUGCUAGUAGCCAGCUUUAG